AUGUCUUUCUCCAACACAGAUACCGGCGACAAGCCCGCAGACCCCUACAAGGCCGCCAAUGCAGACACUGAUGUCUCGGUCGAGAAGAAGAUCACGGACCUCAGUGAUUUCAUCACUGCCAGCAAGUUUGGAAUGAUGACCACACGCGAUGCCAGUUCAGGCAAGCUUGUUUCUCGAUGCAUGGCGGUUGCUGCUAAGGAGUCUGGCGGAAUUGACCUCCUCUUCCACACAAACACUGAAUCCAACAAGACGGACGAGCUCCAGGACGACUCUCACGUCAAUAUUGCUUUUUUGAACGCUUCAGGAGAGUGGGCCUCCAUCUCAGGAACGGCAACUGUUCAGACAGACCGGGAGCUGGUCAAGAAGCACUACAGCCCGAUUCUGAAGACGUGGUUGGGAGACCUCGGGGAUGGCAAGCAUGACGGAAGCGAGAACGAUCCUCGCAUCGGUGUGAUCCGCGUGAAGACGGUCACCGCAACAUAUGCUAUUGUCGCGAAGAAUCUCGUCAGCCGGGUGGUGGAAAUUGCGCAGGGUGCUGUGACGGGCAAGCCUGCUGCCGUGAACAACUUGAGAGAAAUUUCCGAGGCCGAAGUCACUCAAUGGAGGGGUUUGCAUUAG